AUGUUACCAUCAAAACUUAGAGCAUUGAAUGAUUGUUCCACUGAUGAAAGUAGUGAUAAUGAUGAUGCUCCAGUUAAAAUCACCAAAGAAGCGUUGGUAAGUUAUUUUCCUUUUACCCAUUUACUUAGGUAUAUAGGUAUAUUUUUGAAUAUAUUUUAGGUACCUAUGUAAUUAUUUUUCUGCUGACAUUUAAUACUAAAUUUUUUAUUACUACCACAAUCUUCGACUCCUGUAUUCCUACUUCCUUGAUAUCUUCUUUCACUAUAUCCAACUAUCUCUUUCUAAUUUCACCCUUAAGGUACCAUAUUCAAUAUUCCAACAUUAAUUUUUUAGAUGUUAGGUAUUUCAAAAUAUAGAUAAUUAAUAUAAUAAUAAUAUUUAAAUCAAAAAUGUUUAAUUAAUUAAUCACAUGUUAUUUCAUAGUUAUUUCUCAAUAUAUCAAUUACAAUCGCUGCAUAGCUAUUUCCAAUUACAAUAAAUUUAAAAAUAAUCUAAUACAUUUAUAAUUAAAUUCAAAAUAAUCAAUAUUAUAUAUUAUGUAUAUUAAUAAUUAUAAUAAAGUCGUUAGUCAGUCACAUAUUAUACAAUCAUUUCCCACCAUAUUAUUCAUUUUUGGUUAUCCAAAAAUAUUUCAAUUAAUAAUAUAAAAUUGUAUGGCAGUCUAUACUCUGGUAAGAAUAGCCCAGCUCACAAAAUGCCCUUUAUUAAAUGGUCUUAAGGUGUGAACAUUUGUGGUUGUACAUAUGUUAAUAUUUUUUUAUUCAGAGUUUUACUAUGAUUUACUAACUUAUUUAGUUUUACUAAGUUAAUUUUUUUUUUUCAUAUUUUUGAAGAAGCAAAUAUUUUGAUUGAUACUUUAUUAUAAACAUUUUUCUAAUAAAUCACUUUUUAUGUUUUUUUUUUUAAAACUUUAUAAGAUACAAAAUUGUUGAAGAUGGUAUCUAUUAAGUAGACAGUAAAGUCUUUAUUUUAUUUGUAAUAUUUAUUGAAAUUUCAACAGUUUCAACUCUAGGUCCUUUCUUUGGUUUUUUUUUUUUUUUUGAAAAACAAUUUUAGUUUGUUUGAAAACCACAAAUUAUCUAUAAUUUAAAAAACUAAUAACAAAUGUUGAUAGAUACAUUGUUGAUUAUUUUGUUGAUUUUUGGGUUACUUUAGCUACAAGAAAUGUAUUACUACUUCACUAUUCUACUUUGAAUCAUUUUUUAUUUGCCAUUAUUUAUCAAAUUUGGUAUAUAUUAUCUUCCUUAGUACUACAGUGGUCUACCUGUGAGCAGUAACAACUUGAAAAGUUUCUUUGUUAGUAAAAUUCUUAGUGCUAUAUUAAUGAUAAGAGAAUAGUUCCAUUAGGUACCUGAUUAUUAAUUGUAUAAGUGUUUAUACUAAUAAAAUAAUUUGAACUCAAUAUUAUUUUACAAUAUUAUAUCAAAGUUGGCAGUGAUGCUAUCAUAAACUUGAUUUUAGGCCACUUAUACCUUAAACUGGCUCUGCAUCUGAUAAUUAAGAAUUAACAGUUCUUAAUGAAAUAUUAAUAACUUUGAUUUUUAAAAUUUUGCACCUUAAUAUAUGAAUAAAUUUUAAACAAGCUUGAUACAUAUAUUACUUAUGAUGUUGAAUAAAAUACCAUGUUCUGGAGGUGAUAAUCUCUAAAACUAUACUUAUAAUAAUUUGAUUCAUUCCUUUUUAUGUUUAAUAGAAUAUUGGGAUUUGGGUAGAUAUUUAAUUGAGUUACUUAACUUGUAAAUAUGUAAGCAAUAUUAAAUUUAAAAAUUUAUAUUUUUUUUACUUAACUACUAAUGAUUUAUAAGUUUAAAUUUGAUUGUAGUUUAAUAAAUCAUUUAUUUCAGGAAACAAAAGCAGAACUACAAUAUAGUCAAGCUCUACAAUAUUUAGCUAGAGAUCAAUUAAAUGAAGCAGAGGAACAAUUGUCUGAACUUUUACAGAGUGAAAUCAUUUGUUCUGUAAGUACUAGAAAUAUAAACUAAAGCACACAUUACAUUUUAUUUUUUGGAUUUAUAAUAAUAAGUUUUUAUACAAUUAUUAUUUUAGAUUAAUACUACAUUAGCAGAAAAAAAUAAAUCUGAAUCCUUAUUAGCUCAUUUGAAAUAUUGUUGCCUUACUAAUUUAGGUAACCUUCUAUUUAAAAAAUCUAACUACAGUGAAGCCUUAAUGCAUUAUCAAGAGGUAAAUUUAUCAACUAUUUAACUACCUAUGAAAACAGUAAUUAAAUCUAAUUAUUUUUAGGCUUUAAAAAUGGAUAGUACAGAUUUAAAUUUGUGGUAUCGACUAGGACUAACUCAUACCAAAUUAUAUCAAACUGAUCAAGCAAUAUCAGCAUUUUUAGAGGUGAUUAAUUAUAUUUAUUAAUGGAAAUAAUGUUAAAACUAACCUAAUAUUAAUUUUAUUAUCCAUUUUAUUGCGCAUUGAUCCUUAUUUUCAUCCGAUACUUCCAUUGUUCUCUAUAAUUUCUGAUACCCGUAUAGCUUAUUUACACUAGUGAGCCAUUAUUUUUCUUUAAUCUGUAUUUAUCGCCUUGAAUUAAUAUCUAAAAUAUCUCCAAAAAUAUGGGUUUUGAAAAAUACCUAAUAUCUGUAGUAUUCACUGCUAUAUUUACUACUACUUAUUUGUUGGCUUGUUUGUAUACUCUUUAGCAAAAACAAAUGAUAAUUAUCCUUGUAAUUUAUACAUUUUUAUGCUCUAUAAAUCAAACUGAAUUCUAUAAUAAUUAAUUUUUUUCAUAUUCCAAAAAAUUAUUUACAUUAAUUAUUGUAUACAUUAUUUAAAAAACAAAUUUUUGUUUUAAUGAAUAGUUAUUAUAUGAUUUCAAAAUUUAAAUUUAAGUAUAUGAAUUAUACACAUUUGAAAAAUGUGUAUUGUAUAUUUACUUAUAUUUAAGUAUUCAACUAAUAAAUACACAUUUAAAUAAAUAAAUUUUAAUAUUAAUUGUUAUAUAAUUACUUUUUAUUUUUCAGGGUAUUAAAUGUAAUCCUAAUCAUUGGCCUACUCUGGAUAAAUUGAUUACUUUAUUAUAUGCAAGCAAUGAAUAUGUCUGUUGUUUAUAUUAUAUAAACAUUUCACUUAAUUUAGAUUCUGGCUAUAUUAAAGGGCAUUUUAUCAAAGAAAACAUUUUUAAACAAUUUCCAUCAUUAAUAUCCUAUUUUAAAAGUUAUUGCUCAGAAGGGUAAACAAUAUAAUUAUUAUACAAUGUAUAUCAAAACUAAUUGAAGACUCAAUAUCCUUGGAGUAGAGAUAGUAGAGUACAGAACCAUGCAAUUUACAUUUUAUUUUUAUAGUUAGCAAUACAUAGUUAUAUUUAGUAAUACAUAUUUUAAUGCACUCAGAAUUUUUUACUGUUGAUUGAAUAUGGGUAUAUGUGAUACAAUUUAUUUCUUAAAUAUCAACCCUAUUUUUUUUACUAUUUAGUUAUUUUUUUAUGAAUUUUAUGAUUAAAACACUUUUCUAAGUACAAAAUUAGCUGAGAUAUGGCAAUUAAAAUGUAUUUGAUAUAGAUUUUAGAGAUUUUAGGAGAUUGUUAAUUUAAUCUCAAUGCCAGUAAGUUUUAAAUGCUUUAUGAAGUAUGAUAAAUGGUAGAGAAUAAUGAAACCUAAGUUGUUUAUGUUAAGUAAGUAUUAAGAAAAUAAUUAUUAAAUAGGCUCAAAGAACAUAAUGAUUUAGUUUAAUUAAUUAAAUUUAUUUUAAUUGUCUAUCUCACGCAAUUUUUUUUUAGAUAAGUUGUUUGACCAAUUAAAUUCAUACAAAUAUUAUGAAAAAAAAAAUAGUAAUUAAAAAAGGGGUUAUAAAAAGUUAUAUCAUGAAUAUUUGAUAAAAUGUUUGCCUGAAAAUGUGUAUUACCUAAGAAGGUAUAAUAACUAACUAAAAAACAAUUCAAAUUGCAAAGGUCUGUGCAAGGAUAGUGAGUGUUUUUAAUUAGUGUUUAAAUAGUCUGACACGAGAAAAAUUCCAGUGUGUAAAAACAUGAUUUUUCAUGAGAUAAAAAAUGUUUUUAAAAAAAACCUUAUUGCUUAUGAUCUUUAUCUUGAUCAAUUUUUGAAUUGUAAAAUUACACUAAUGUUGUUUUGAAAAAAAAAUUCAAUAUUUGUCCAAUUAUUGCAUAAAAUGUAAUUUGUUUACUACAUCGGAGGUUUUAUUAUUUUAUGUUUUUUAUCAAACUUACAUUGGAGGUUUUUUGAAUAAUAGUUAGUGCCACAUUUGAGGAUGAAUUUAAAAUGAUUUUUUUAAAAAUUAUAAUUGUAUAACAUCUUUAACAUAAUAAAACAAACAUCUUUAAACUUUAUAUUUAUAAAAUUUAAACAGUGUAUUUAUUUUUUAUGUUAUUUUUAAUAUAAUAUUAUUAAUUAUUGUUAAUAUAAUCAUUUAUAAACUUGGUGAAAUCUCCCAUGUGCAUAUUUCAUAAACAACACUACACAUAUUUUGUUUGCCAAUAUCUUCAAUGUAAUUUUAACCAAAUAUGUAAUCAAAUAGGAGGUAUUUCAUAAACGAUUUGUGGUAGGUAAUACAUAAAAAGAUUUAUUUAUUAUUUUUAUUAAUUCUUCAAUGAAGAUAACAAAUAUCAGAUUUUAUCAUAAUGAUGACCUAUUUUUUCUGAAUCCAGAAAUACCAAAAACCUCAAAAAUCAAAAAUUUUGCCCAUUGGAGGUUUUUUCGUGUUAACAACAUAUAUUUUUAUAAAUUAUUUUGAAUAAUACACAGUUAAACUAAAUUUGCAUGUAUUGCAUUACACUUGCAGUGGUUUAGACAUUGAAUGCACUGAAAUGAUAAAUAAUGAUGUACAACAGAAAAUAUUGAAUGAAAUUGAAAGUAUUAAGAAAAAUGAUCCAAUGUUACAAAAAUAUAAAGCUAUCAAGAAGUCAUGUAAAUCAGUAUUAUAUGCAAACCCCUUAGAGUUCAAGAGUUGGGGUCAUUUGGGAAAAUGGUUAUUGAAUAUUUACGAUAAUUUGUUUGAAAAUUUUGAACACUCGGUAAUUAUAAAUUGUGUAACCUGUAAGAUCCCAUUUUGAUAGAUGACAUAAAAUUACUUUACUAGUAAAAAAAAAAAAAAAAAGAGUAGUAAUAUCUAUAAAAACCAAUCAAAAUCUUAAAAUGUAUUAUAAAUUUACAACUAUUAAUAUGUUUUGUUAUGCAUUUACAAUAUAUUGUGCCUCUACAUGAUUAUUAGGGUUUGGGAUUUAUUGCACUUAAAAUAGUUAUACUUCAAAUACUAUGUUACACAACAAGUGGUUAUUACACACACACAUGUGUUAUAAUUAUUUCACUUGUUCACCAGAAAUUUUGAUAUCAUUUUUAAGUUUACCAUCUUUUCUUAACAUAAAUUUUAUCUAUGUAUGCAUUGAGUAAUCUAAUUAGUUGGGAAAGACACAGUGAAAUUUAAAGCAAUAGCAGUUUCAUUAAUAAUUUUUUUUUAUAAUCCAGUUGAAAAUAUUUGUUUGGAUCAACAAUUUGUAUAAAAUACAUAUAUUAGCUUAUUUUAGGCAUAUGGAAAAUAUCAAAACAUUCUGAAAAUGUUGAGCUAUGUAUUUAAAUUCAUUUAAAAUUAAACAUUUUAAAACAAGCUCAUAUAAAACAGAGUAAAUAAAGUAGAUCUGUUGUCUUGACCUUUAGAUUUCUUGAUCAGUGGAAUGGGCAAUAUUAUUUAUAAUAAUUAUCUUAUUCUUUUUAUUAUCUUCUAUAUUUUAUCUUUUAAUAUCUUUAUAUUUAUUAUCUUAUUUGGAACAAAUUGUAACAAACAUUAUUUGCAUAUAUUUAAGUUGAUAUAUAUUUUAAAUUAUGAAAAAAUAUUAUAUUAGAACAAUAUUUUAAAAAUACAAUUUUCUUCAAAACAAAACAAAAUAAUUUGGUUUUUCAUGAAAUAUUUACAAAAAUGGAAAACAAGUUUAUUAAUCUGCUCAAAUUUCAAAUUUUUAUUAGGUUAACCUUGCCCAACUAAACAAAAAUUAUUCAUGGUUAAAUUAUAUAUACUUUGUAUAUAUUUUAUGUAAAUUAAUUAAGGGGAUUUUAUCUGAAAAAUAAGGUCCAAAAAUUAAUGACACUAUUUUAUAGGGAUUUUAUAUUAUUUUUUAAAUUAAUUAUAAAAUAAAAUAAAAUAUAUACAUAAUUCAGAUUUUGAAUGAAAGUAAAAAUAUUUUUAAUUUUUUUGUUACUAUUAGUUAAUUUUUAUUAAAUAAAAAAAAUCAAUGUAAUAUAUUACUCUUUAGGCUAGUUAUAUUUGUAAUUUAAAUUAGAAACAAGAAGUAAUACAAAUAUGUUAAUUUCUUUAUAAAUUAAUUUUUUUACUUACAAUUUUUAUUGGUUAAAUUAUUAAGUUAGGAUAAUUAGCUAUUCAAGAAAAAGAGUAUUUUAAAACUUUUUAUGAAAAAUUAAAAUGUAUAAUCUAAAAUAAAAACAAAUUGUAUGUUAAUCUUAACUAAUAAUUUGUAUAGUUUACUUUUAAAUAUAUUACUCCACUAUUAUUUUUCAGCUUCUUUAUGAACCUAUAGAAUUUAAUUUUAACCCAUCAAAACUGGACACAACAGAUGUCUACAUUCUCGUUGAUGAAAAAUACAAUGAAAAGGAUUCUGAAAAGCCUUUAUUUAAACUUGAUGGUAAAUAUUCUUAAAAAUAAAUUUUUGUAUAACUUUCAAAAUAAUCUAUAUUUAAUAGUUUCUACGAGACGAAGAAAAAGUUCUCCAUCACUUGCUGAUCAUUUGAAAUUAAGUCGAAGAUCAGCUCGAAAUAAAGCAAGUUCUAAAGUUAAUGAAUCAACAUUAGUAAAAUCAGUAUGGGAUAUCAUGCCUCAACAUUUAUUGUACAGUUUUAUUUAUAUAUAUUUAUUUAAUUUUUUCAUAAUUGUAUUGACAAUAAAAUAAAUAUAAUAUAUAUACAGAAUGAUUUAUUAAGUAUGUUAACCUUAUUUUUUUGGUUAAAUUUUGUAUAUAUUCAAAUUCUGAUUUUUGGAAUUUUUAUUUUUAAGUGUAGUUUAAGAUAUUUUCAAAUGCUUACUUAAAUUUUUCAUAACAUUUAAGUAGAAUCCUGUGGUGAUAUCAAUUUUGGUUUUUCAAAUGAAAACUAAAAUUUAAAGUUUCAUUAAUAGAUAGAAUAUUAGUUUAAAUAAAUUUAGGUGUUGACAUUUUUGAUUUCUGUCAUCCCUUUGACCAGAUAUACUUUUAAGUUUAGGUAGGGGGAGAGUAAUGAAGCACUAAUAAAAUAGCACACAAAUGAUACUCCACUAUUCUCCUCCUAAAUUUAAAAGUGGAAUUUCUCAUUAACAGAUUGAUGGAAAUUAAAAAUGUCAGCACUCAAAUUUAUUUAAAGUAAUACUACAUUUAUUUAUGUAUUUUUUAAUAUACAUUCUCAUAAACACCAAAAUUGGUAACAGGAUAUUAGUAAAAUGCUGUGAAAAAUGUAUGUACUCAAAAAUAUCUGCUUUAUCUAUAAUUAAAAAUUUCAAAAAUCAGAACUUGAAUAUAUGUAGAAUUUAAGCUAAAAAUGAGAUGAUUAUGCUUUGUGAAUCACUGUGUAUAUGGAAUAUAUGUAUAAAAAAAAUCAAAACUCAGUAUAAACUAAAGUGUUUAUUUUUUUUAUACUUUAUACUUGUUUUCGUAUUUAUUAUAUCGUCAUAUUUUUAAGUAUUAAUUUUGAAAAUCUCGAGGUUUUUUUUUUUAUUGUAUUGAAUUGCAUAUUCUAUUUACUCUGAUUUAAGGCUAAAUACAGAUGGUAAUGAUAAAUUUAAUAUCAAUUCUAUCAAAUGGUCAGAUGAAUCUAUGGAUACAAUGGAUCUGUAUAGGUUAUAUGAAUUUUCAGACUUAUUGAGUGAUGCACAUACUGAAAAUUUACUAAAAAAUAAUAUUAAUGAUGAAGAUCGAAUUAAGUAUGCAUAAUAAAUAAAUACUUCAUCAUAUGUAUUCAAAUUAAUUAAUUUUAUAAAUUGUUAACAGACAAAUGAAGGAUGACAAUUAUUUUGGGUCAGAUAUUGAAAUAAACCAUUUAAGUAAUUUCAUUAAAGAAAAUGACAAGAAAUCAAUUUCUAAUUUACUGGAAAUUUUUUUAAUUAUAAUUGCAAACAAAUGGCCUAAUGUUUGGCCUUCUAAUAUGGUGCAAAUAUAUAUUGAUAUUUUUAAAAGAGUAUGGUACGUAACUUAUAGUUAAUACACAUAUUAUGUAUUUUAAUUUAUAAUAUAUAUUUAUUUAGGAUUCAUACAGAAAAACAAAAUUUAUCUUAUAUUCCUGACUCAAAUUGUGAUACUUUAAAUGAUGAGCAAUGCACAACAAUAAAAAAUGAAAUUAUAUCCAUUCUCACUUAUGGUGAAUUACUAUGUGAUCUUUAUUUUCAAUUGAAAACUAACCAAAAGCCAUUAGAAGGAAGGUAAACACUUAUUUGUAUGGUAAAUAUGUAACUUAUUGUUAAAUAUUCUAAUCUGACUUUAUUUUAUAGUAUUAUUGGAGGAGAUUUUUGUUCUCUGUGGAUUGGUAGCAUUACUGAUGCACUCUCUUCAUUAGAUUUCAAGGAUGAUUACGUAGCAAUUAAUAUUCGGUUUCUUUGGUUAAAAGCAAUAUUUCAUGUGCAAGAUAAAGAAACUGGACUAACAUGUGAUGUGCUAGAUAUGGUAAUCUAAGUUUUUAUUUUUAUAAUAAGUACUUUAAAUUAUAAUAUACUUUUAGUUCAAUCUUCCAUAAUGAAUAGCAUUUUAUAGAUAACUAAUUAAUAAUCAGAACAUAACAAGGUUGAUUAUCUAGAAUAAUUGAGAAAUUGUUUUUUUUUUUUAAAUUAUUAAUUUUAAAUUCAUUAAAUUAUUAAUUUUAAAUUCAUUAAAUUAUCAAAUUAAAUUACCCUAUAGUAUUCUUCAUAAAUAAAGAAUUUUAAAUUAACUUCUCUGUUUAAAUAAACAUAGAAGGUGGUUCAUUUAAGGUACACUAGUAAAAAAAAACUAGUUUUAAAGUAAAAUAAUUAAAUGUGCAUUAUAUUUUUUAGUUGUUGAAUUUUAUUGGCAGUCUGGAUGAUUAUGAAAUUAUUUUACCAAAUUUAGAAUAUUUUUACCGAAUAAAUAAAAGAAUAGUAGAAAAACUUAUCUUCACACUUAAAAGGUUUAUAUAUUUUUAAGGCACUUAUAUAUUUUAUUAUAUAUAUAUUUACAUAAUUUUAUAUUUUUAGAAAUAAUUUAUUAAGCACUGUCAAAAAUCUGUAUGAGUCUAAAGAAUAUUUAAAUGUUGUCAAUAUUUUAAAAGAAACCUUGAAACCUCAGAGUCGUAAUUUUAUAGAAAUACCUAGUUAUCAAACUAUGUCACGAUAUAACCAAUAUAUAUUCAUGUUAAAUUCAUUUUUGGAGUUAGAAAAUUAUCAGGUAUGCAUAUUAUUCUUAUUUUAAGUCAUGAGUUUAUAAUGUAUAAUGUUUAAAGGAAUUAUUUAAAUGGUGUGAGCCAUGUUUGUAUGAAGCUAUUUUGCAACAUCGUAAAAGUCUAAUAGAGGACUCUGAUGUAAAUCAGAAAGCUAAUCAAGCUGAUUUUAUUAACAAUAUAUUUUAUGCUAUGUUAAAAUCUAUUAAAAUAGAAGGAUUAAAAAUUUGUAAGUAAUAAUUAUAAUAAUAAUUUUAUAUUAAAAAAAUUUAAAUAUAUUUCUUAUGGUUAAUUACUUUUUUAUUUUUAGUUGAUUAUUUAUGUCAAGGCUAUAAAUCCAGACUUAUACAAUCAGUAAUAAAUCUACUGUCAUAUCUAAUAGAAACUCCAGAUGGCAAUCCAGAAAUUGAUGCUGUAUCUCCAUGGUUAUUAAUUUAUAAUUUGUUAAAAUAGUAAGUUCUGUAUGCUUAUAUUAUAUAUAUACAUUAAUAAUAACACUUGGGAUUAAUUAAAAUAUGUACUUUUUCGGUUUCAAACAAAUUAUUACAUUUUAGAACUGUUCAUCAUAUAUAUUAUAAAAAGAAAAUUUUUAUAUUUUAAGUGUGUUACUGAAAAUUGAUCUCUUGUAAAUUAUAGUUAUUAAUGUUAAAAUUACUGAAUUUUAACAUUUCCUAAAUAGAGUAAAUACUUAGUGACUAGUGAUAACAUUUUUAACUGAGUGAAAUAGGCACAUGCACACUAGGUAGUCUACACAGUUUUAUUUUGCAUAUCAUCUUUAAUUAAAUAUUAUGGAAUUUAGCGAUUGAUUAAAUAUUGAAGAAGAAAAUUUAACAAUAUUUUAUAGUGGUACAAAAUCUAAUAAACAAGAGAAAGGAGUAGAUUUCCUGACUGUCCUAAAAUUCUACCAUGUACCAUGAAAAGCUGUAAUAUUUACAAUAAAUUAAAUUGUCCUCAAAUUUGAUUUUAAAACUAUUUUUUUUUAACACAAAGUACAACUUAUAAUGAACCUGAAAAAUAAAAUUUUCAAGCAUUUUUGAUAAGUUUAAUAUUUUAUCUACAGACUACCUAUCAAAUAAAAAUUACGUAAACAAAAACUCACAAAAUUAAAAUGUGUAUAAAUAGCUCAAAAAUUGGUGAAAUAUUCUAAAAGUUUUACCACAGCUAAAAAAAGUAAAUAUAAGUUCUCUGUCAACAUUUAAAAUCAACAAAUAUUUUAAGCUAAAUUAAAAAAACAAAAUUAAAAUUAAUAAAAUAAAAAUUUUUGUAAAUUUUCCUGUUCUUUCUAGUAUUUUUCACUUUUACUCGGUUAUUAAAAAAUCUACAAAGAUAAUCAAAAACAAUGUUUUUUGGUCACCAACUAGAUUAGAAAUUCUACAAAACUCAUCUUUUGGUUUUGUUUUUUUUUUUUAUUGGAGCAAUAUUUCUAGUAGAAAACAUUGUGUAAAAAUAAUAAAAACACCGAAGUAGUUUUUAUAAUAAUUGGGAAAACCCAGAAAAAGAAUUCAUGAUAGUUGAAUAAUUUAAAAUGUGUACACUUUGUGUUUUCUACCAAAAAUAUUACUCCAAUAGAAAAACAACUAGAGACCAUUAUUUUGUAUUUUUAAUCUAGUUUUCGACUACUAAUGGUGCUCUGUAAAUAUUUGCCACUUUAUCAAUAAUUUUCCUUCAAGGUUUUCACAAUUAUUAUGAAAACCAAUUAGAAAAUUAAAAAAAUUAUCUCCCUAUGCACCAACUAAAUCCAAAGUGUAAAAAAAAAAGGUCUAGAUAAGAGUAAAAUUUCUGGUAGAUAAAUGAUUCGCAAAUAGAAAAAAAAAAAUUGCAUACCUACAUUAUAGUAAAAACCUAUACAUUGGUAUACUCUAAAUCCAAAAAAUCAUAUAGGCUGAAAAUUAACUUAUAUUACUGAUUAAGAUUAAAUUUGCCUAAAAUUAAACUUAAUAUUAAUUUUAGAUUUGCAUAUAUUAUUUAGAUUUAAAAUAUAUCAAUUAUAAUUUCUGAAAUACUAUUAUAAAUAAGCAUGUAUUAAUUUCUUAAUAUUUUUCAAAAAAGUUAAAUAUUUUAGAAUAUAUUUUUUUUUUCUGUUUAACUGAGGGAUUAUUAAUAUCUAGUAUUCUGACUGUUGUAAAACUUUUUCUUUGAGGUGUUAAUUUUAAUAUUCUGUUAUAUUUUUAGUGAAGAAUCUAAAACUGAGGAACCAUCAUUCUCUUCUCAAACUUCUAACAUACCUCAAUCAUUAGCAUUAUUAUUUCUUGGACAUGAAUAUUUAGGAAAGUAAGCUUUUCAUUUUGUUUUUUUUGUAUAAUAAAAUUAAUAAAAUUAUUGAUAUCAAUAUAAAACCUUUUUUAGGAGAUCAUGGUGUUGUUUUGAAGAUGGAAUAUUACUAUUUUUAACAUUAUCUGAAAUAGAACCCUUUAUCGAUUUGGAUUUUUAUACUAUAUCACUUGUACAGCAAGUUGAUCAAAUAUUUUAUUGUUUAUAUACCCAUCUAAUCAAACGAAAUAAACCACGUAAUGUUCAGGUAAUACAAGUGGUAUUCAAAAUAGAACAAACAAUACAAACUAUUUUAUCUUUGUAGUGUUAUAUAUUUAUAUUUAUUGUAAUAUUGUUAUUUAUCUAGGAUCAUCAUUCAAUGGGAUUAGCACUAACAUGGCCUCGAGCAAGACAAUUAGUUUAUUUUUAUCAACCACAAGAAUUACCUAGUUAUGAUGGACUAACAAAAACUUACACCAUAAAUUCUGAUAUAGAAGCCAUGCUUAAAAAAAUUAUACCUCUUAUACCUAGUGAAAUUCAUCCUGGUAAAAUAAUUGAAAUCGGUAUUGGAAUGAAAUAUUAUUAGAUUUAUAUUAAAUAUUUUAGGACGACUAACAGAAAAUUUGAUGAAAUAUAUAAAAGGUGAAACUGACCAACUUCCUGUUAAUGAUAACCCAUUGCCCAAUGAUGUAAAAAAUAUGUUUUAUUUAAUAGCUGAUUAUAAUUUCAAAAAUAAAACUUGGGUAAUUAUAAUUUAAACCUAUCAAUGAAAUAAUGUUUUAUACAUAUUUUAAACUUAUUUUAGAAUAAAGCUAUUACAUUUUAUAUACUGGAUCUUUGCAAUAAUUCAGAUCGAUUUGAUUCUUGGGCAGCUAUGGCAUUAGCUAGAGGAAGUCAAAUAGAAAUGAAGUUAAAUUCAGUGAGUCAAAAUAAAUAGUUUAUUUUUUUUAAAGAAUAUUUAAAUUUAUAACAGUUUUGCUAAAAUUAAUACAUUUUAAAUUAAAGGUUUUUACAUUUUUAUUUAAAUAAAAUCAUUGUGUUUCUGCCUGUCUCCCAUGUUAUAUAGCUGGGGUGGCCAGUGAGAAGAGACUCACAAGCCACCCAAUGUUUAAUAAAUAUGGAAGAGAAGAAAUGAAAAAAAUGGUCAUAUUAAUAUACAGUAACAGUAGAAGCCGCUUAUUAGGAACAAAGAUAAUUAAUAUACUCAUGCAAUUGAAACAAUUGUAUAUUAAAACCAAUUGUUUAUUAGAAACAAUUGGUUAAUUUACAUGUUUCACCUUGGUCCCAAAGUAUUUCUAAUAAGUAGCUUCUAUUGUAUUUAUAUGUAUAUGUAUAUAUGAUUAUCGUAAAUAAUCUAAAAUAUCAAAAUAUGUAAUAAAAUGUGUAGAAUUUUGGGAACAACAUAUUCUUGCGAGUCUAUACUCGACAAUGCAAAUAAUAAAAUCUAAACAUUGUUCAAUUUUAAUGGAUGAUCAUUUAACGAAAUUAUUAAGGACUGUUCUAAAAAUAUAUAAUCAUGACUACAAAAAAGACAUAAAAAAAAAAAUGAACAUGCACCAAAUAAGAUAUUAAUUAAUAAUUAAAAUAUGUUAAAGUUAAAAAUAAAAAUAAAUGCAUAUUCAAAUAUUAUAUCACACUAUAAUUUUUUUUGUAUAUUUUUCCUAUAAAUUGUAAUUAUACUUCUUCAAAUACAUAAAUUCAUAAAAUCAUAUUUAAAAUAUUGUUUUUUUUUUGUAAAAAUGUUUUGUGUCUUAUCUUAGGAUAAGAUUUGAGCCUAUGAGCCUACGAAUCUAUGACGAGUCUGUUGUUAUAUUAUUAAUAGAAGACAAACAAUAAAAAUAAAUAUUAGUGAUGAGGUCACUCAUUAUAAUAAAAAUUUCAAUUUGUAAAAUCGGUUUAUGGCAUAAAUCAUGUUUUUUUGUUAAAUUGUUUUUAGCUUUAGCUACCUCUACAUACUUUUAAUAACACUAGGUGGAUAAAAUUUUGUAUAUCUAUAGGGAUGUUGAUACUAAUAUUUCACCAUUUGCUUGGUAGUAGUACAGUAUUAUAAAAUUGUUAAUCAUUAUUCAUUAAAAACAUCUCUGUAAUAAAAAAUAAUGGGGCAAAUGUCACUAGUGUGUAUAAGUGUUGAAGUUGAAGAAAUAUGAAAUAAUUAAACUCAAUUCUGAUUUUUAUUCAGUCAACUCUAAUAUUUUAUACAAGUCCAAAUAAAAUAAAACACAAACAAAUAUUACAAGUCAAAAUAUUAAAUACAUAAAAAUAAAUAACAAUUAUAAUAUAGUCUCAUAACUAAAUUUGUAUACAGAGUUAUGCAAGGUAAUUGUUUAUGGUUUUUAUGUUGAUUCAAAUAGUGUUUUAUAUGCUUGCGCCUUGUCCCUACAACCUGUUGUCCAUAGUUCCAUUGUUAUCUAUAGUUUUAAUGAUACCUUGGUGAUCUGUCAUGCAAUUUUGAAUUAAAUUUAGGGAACUACUUUUGCAUACAAGAGCUAACUGGUGUAAAUACUAGGAAUACUAUGUAUAUUAACUGAAUAUACUCUUUUGCUAGAACCCAUUAUGAUACAUAGUAUGAUUUAAUGUAUAGAGUUAUUUAGGAUGAGGACAAACAGCAGUAUAUUCUCUAAUAUAGAUUAGAGAAUAGGUGUUCUACUAAAAGGCAGGUAGUCCUAAUAAUUUGCUACAUAAUAAUUUUACAUUUAUUUAUUCAUGAAUAAAGAAAGAAAAUUAAUCAAAAUAUAUUUUAUUUUAGUGUGAAUCAAUAAAAAAUGAAGGAGACAUAAUAAGAAGAGCUCAUAUGACUAGUCGGUGUUAUAAGCACUCUCUAAAAAUUAAUCCUGAAAAUACUACUUUGCUCAUUGAAUAUGGAACAUUCACCUAUAGCAUCCAUUCUUUUUGUUCACGAUUAUUAAAACAGGUGUGUAUUGAUAGUAACAAUUUAUAAUAGUUUUUAUUUUACUGAUCAACCCCAAAUAGUUAAAAAGUUUGGCUGAAUGUGAGGGAAACAAAUUUGUAAUGUACAUGUUUUUUUUUUGUAGUAUAGGGAGUACCCAAAUACACAUUUUCAGACAAAUUUCAAAUUUUUGACCCUUGUGGUAUGUGCAUGCGCAAUACAAUUUAUUUUUUUUUAAAUGGCAUCAUAAUUUUUCUACAAAUUCAGAUAUAAUAUUUUAUUUAAAACCAUUUUUAUAUACAUUUUUUUUUUUUUAAUUACAAAAUUUGGUAAAGUUAUAGUAUGUUCAAAUAUAAUAUUUACGAAUAAUCUGUUAAUGAUGACAUUUUAACUUUGUUCAACUUAUACUUGAAAAUCGAAAUGAUAUCUUCGAUAUUUUGAAACACCUAUUUGUGGAUAGAUAUAGGACACAAACACUUUUUUGUUUUCGUAAUUUACUCUUAUUUUUUUCAUUUAUUCUUCCAAACUUAAAUUUGAAACACAUGUUUUGCAUUUUUUCCCCUCUUAUUUAAACAAGGAAAAAACAAAUGCAUUUUGAGCAUACCUAUAGAUACCCCAGAAAUCUUGCUCCAAUUUUUACGUGUAGCACUUUCUGAAGGAAAUCAGACUGGAAAGGUACUUUUGGGAGGUCAAUUUUUUAUUAUUUAUUCUUCCUCAAUUUUGUUAUAUAUUGUUUAGCAAUGGUUUAUCCUUGGUGGCUUAGUUACAAGUAUCAAUUAAAUAACUUUAUGUAUUCCACAUUCCCUACUACCAUCCUACAAUAGUGACCUUACUUGUCCUUAGUAUUAAGUUCUUUAUAGUCUAUUUUUUAUAUUGAUAUGAUUAUAUAUUGUAUUUUAAAAUAGCGAAAUUCCAUUUUGACAGCAGAUAAAGAUAGAAAGACAAAUAAAUGAUAUUUGUUUACCAAUUUUGAUAGGUAUAAUACUAAUAUCUGAUUUACUGGUUAUGAGUUAUAAUAAUUAAAAGUGUGAACUGGAGUAGUAGGUUAUAAAUUGAUGAUCCAAAAAUGAAUGUGAAUUUUUUUACUUUUUCCUACAAGAAUAAUAAUGAUAAGUAGAUCACCUGUAUAAUUUUAACUUAAUAUAAUUAUUUACUUUGUCCCUAAAAAAAAUAUGAAUUAUAAAUUAUUAAUGUUAUUAACUUUUUAUUUGGAUUAAUUUAAUUUUUGUAUGUUUAGGAAACUUCUAAUAUGAGCUUACAAAUGUUUGGAGAGCUUGAAGAAGAAAAAGAAAAAAUGAUUAAAAUUGCUAGAAAAUGUUUUGAAGCUGCUAAUCAUGUACAUUAUUAUAAUUGAUGAAUAAUAUUUAUGUACUAUUAUAAAAUGAAAACUAUGUUAUUAUUUAUUAUCAGGUUUGGGACUCCAUUAAUUGUGAUGACUAUGAAGAACGUUCAAGUUGGAUGCAAGAUGAACGGUGGGUGCAUCAUUAUAUACUCGGAAAAAUUUGUGAAAAAAAUGAUGACAACUCUGGCCUAUUUAUGGAUCAUUAUUUAAAAGCUGCUCAAUGUUUAGAUUCUUAUGGAGCUAAAUUUCCAGAACAGUUUAUAUAUACACAACCAGAACAUUAUGCAAUUGAAAUGCUUGAGGUUUGAAAAUAAUAAAUAACAAUAUUAUUAAUAUGAAUAAAAAUUAUUCAAUUAGUAUUAAAGAUCCAGAUAUUUAAGUACCUAUUUAAAUAGCUUAUCAGCCAUUAUGGUUUUCUUUUAAAUACAUUUUAUUAAUGAAUAACUUUCAUUUCAGAUUUAUUAUAGAAUCCAUGCUGGAGCAUUGAAGCUAUUAGAAAAGUUUGAUAACCACUCAUCUAACGAAGAAAUAUACUUAAAAAUUAAACAAACACUGGAUCAAAUAUCUAAUAUGUCUCCCAUAGUUGAUAAAAAUAAGUAGGUAACAUAUUAUAAUAAUAAAUUGUAUUAAUUUAUAAAUCUUGUUUGUUGAAUAUUAAUAGAAUAACAAGUAACACUCCCAGCUUGGAUGUAAAUUAUUUGGAUAAAGUUAAAAAGGUAUGUAUACAACAAUGAAAAAUCAUUUGGUUCUUAUUAUUGAAAUAAUAAUUGGCUUAUGACCUUUUUGUUCAUAAUAUGGGCAUUCUUUAGUUUUUUAUUUUUAUUAAAAAUAUUAACUUAAAUAUAUAAAAUUUAAGUAAGAAACUAAUAAUAUUUGAUUCAGUUGUCUAAAAUAUUUAUUUACUAUUACAGGAGGAUAUAGACUUAGUGGUAAACCAAACUUUAUGUGAGGUCAUUAAUGAUGCAAUGAAGUAUGAUAAAGAAGUAGAUAAUUUUAAACUUGACUCAAAUAGAAAACGGCCAUGUUUUGAUAAUGUUAACAUCACAAAUAAUGAAAGCAGAUUUAUUCAGACUAAGGUAAUAUAUUGUGUAUAAAUAAUAACAAACUUUUAUAGUGCAUGCAAACAUCUCUACAUUUAAUCAAAAACUUAUUUAAAAAUAUAUUCUAAGGAUUUAUCAGUAAAGAAAAUAAAAUUGACAAAUAAUUCCACUAUUCAAGAUUUAAAUAACAGUAAGUUUAUGUUAUUUAUAUUAAUUGUUUCCAAAUCAUAAAUUGAAAUAUUUUUUUAGUGCAAUGGUCAUUAAUUCAAAGAUGCUUAGCUGGUUUGGAAGAUUGUAUUAAACGAUUUCCUCAGCAUUACAAAUCAUACUAUCGGUUGUCUCAUUUUUAUUUCCGGUCUCCAUCUCAUAAAGACAAUAAGAAAUUCCAUGAUUUAAUGUUUGGUGAGCGGGGAUUAUUUGUUGGCCAAAGACCUUGUAACUUUUUCCAUGUAAGUUAAUAAUUUUUAUUUGUAAUAAAUUUCUAAAUUUUAAUAAAAUACUAUAAUUUAUGGCAUUUUAUAGGGCAUUUGGAGAAUUCCAUCAAGUGAAAUAGAUCGUCCUGGUUCUUUUGCAUAUCAUAUGAGUCGGUGUGUACAUUUAUUAUUAGAUUUCCUCAAGGAUACUGAAAAUUAUGAAAUGCUCCUUAAUUUAGCUAUACAGUUAAGGGUUAUACCUGAUCGAGAUAAGUAUGUUAUAAAUGUUAAUAUUCAAAUUUUCUCCAAACAAUUAACAUUAAUAUUUAAAUAUACAAUAAUUAUAAUUUAACAAUAACAAUUAUUGUGGUUUACAGAAAGUAUUUACGUGACAAUGAAAGAGAAGGCAUUGCGAAGGAAGCAUUGUUUCUUAGUAUUCAAAUAUUGAGAAAAUUAGAAUUAGAAACUGCUAAAACUAACAACCAUAGUAAAAAAGAACUUUUUCUUAUACAAGUUUGUAAAGUGUUCAAACGUGUAUAUAAGUGUUGGCAAAAAGACAAUAAUUUAUCGAAAUUAUUGUUGAAUGCUUAUCAAAAUGUCGUGGAUACAAAAGUAAGUUAAUUUAUUGGUAUACAAAAUGUUAAUCAUAUUGUUUAAGGUAUAAAGUGUAAGGGUAAAGAUUUGAAAAUAGAGUAAAAAUAAAAUUUAAACAACUCAUAAAUAUUAAAAAAAUCUACUUAAAAUCCUCUGAGAAAAUCAUUAAAUAAAAUAAAUAAAUACUCUGUUUAUACAGCAUGCAAUCUUAUUAAAACCAUUCAAUAACCUUGCUUAAAGUCAUUCCAUUAAACAUUAUUUAUUUUUUUUUUUUUAUGAAAAUAAAGUGUAGAAAUUAAAUGUAUUCAAUGUGUUUAGAUAUGAUGCCAUUAAGAAAUUUUUAUCUUAAUGGUAAUAAAUUUAAAAUGUUAAAUAACAUAAAUAGUAACAAAUAUUCAAGUUAUUAUAACAACUGAUUAAAAAAAACAAAAAUUGUACAAGGUUAUUGAGAGUUUUCAAUUGACCUAUAAAAACUGUAAACAUUAUAAUAUAUUGUUUACUAAAUUCUCUAUUUAUGUAUCAAUCAAAUUGACAAGGAUAUUCAUAUUAUACAAGAUUAUUUUAACUAAAUACUUAGAUACUCCGAUUGUAUCUCGAAUUUUGGAAUGCAUUUUUAAAACCUAGAAUAUGAUAGAUUCUACUCUACAUAAAUUAAAUUGUAUAGUAAAAUAUUUUGGAUUAUUAAGUAUUUGAUUAUUUUAACUUUUAAGCUUUUAUACAUCAAAAUGUAAGGAAACAAAUUGUAUGACACUUGAUUUUAUUUUAGUGUGGAAUAUAUAGUUAAUUGAAUUUUUUUCAGGAUGACGUUUCUAUUGAAGUAGUUAUAAAAUAUUGCCAAAAACUUAAACUUAGAGAAAAAGAAAUUGAAAAUAAAAUCAGUAUUGAAAAUAAAAACAGUGAUGGCAUUGAAAGCGGAAUUGAAAAUAAAAGCAGUUUUGAAAUUAUCAAAGACGUAAGUUUUACACUGAUACUUAGAAAAAUUAUUUCUUAAAAUAUUGCCAGGAUAGUUUAUACUUAUCUUUAUUUUAUAUUGUAUUUACUUCUGCAUAUUGCAUAUUGUGCAUAUUUGAUAUAUGCAUGAGAUAUAAUAAUAAUUUAUGCCUAAAUAUAAUAUAUUUUAAUACAGUCACCAAUGAAAUUCUUUGUUUUUUUAUAAUUAUACAAAUUUUUAAUAAUGAAAAAUUUGUUUUAAAAUUACACUUUUGAUAACUAAGCAUAUUUGAUUAAGCAUUAUUUGAGCAUUUAAACUUAUUAAUCACCAAAAAUGUUUGUUUUUGUUUAGAGCAAUUCAUAUGUUUUUGUACUUAUUAAUUAAAACUGAAACAAGUUUCAGCAUGACUAUGCCAUCUAUACUUAUUUUUAGUCAUUUAAAAAUUAUUUCUUUUAUUAUUUAUUGUGUCAAAAGUCAUGACUGUAGAGAAUAUGAGGAGAUCCAUUAAAUAUAGUAUUCAACCCAUUCUUAUGGUUAAAUUACAUAUAAUAUAUUCAAAUUUGGAUUUUUGGAAUUUUCAAAUACUUAGAUUUCUCACAGCAUUCAAGGAGUAUUCAGUGAGGGCACCAAAUAAGAAUCUAUAUUAUAAUAUUUUAUGAAACCACUGAAAUCAGUAGAUAACUACUCUCUACCAAAAAAUCCAUUUCUGAUUGUAAUUGGCCCACAUUUUCGUGUUUUUUCUUUUAUAUAACUUGUUUGAUAUAUUUUCUAAAUUAUUUAAUGAUUGAUUUUAUUUUUUUCAUUUUGAAUAAAAAAAUGUUCUUAUUACCUAAUUACCUACUCAUUGUGUUAAAUGAAUCCUGAAAAUAAGUAUAUAAACAAAUCUAAGUUAUUAUAUUAACUUAACUUCACCUUAAUUAUAUGUGAAAUUCAAAUUAAUAUAAUAUCUCAAAUAUUAUAUUAAUAAUAAUUUGAUGGGAGUUUCUUAAAAGAUUAUUUAUCACCAAUUACUAAAAAUCAAAAAUUAGAAAAAUUUGUAGCAUAAAUUGGUGAAAGUGACAUAUUUAAAUACAGAAAAUCAAGUUGGUAAUGUGCACUAAAAGAUAUCCAGGCGUCCUUUUAAAAUAUGAUUAAAUCAACAAUGAUUUGUUAAAAGACAUAUACCACAUUCAAUGCAUAUAUAUUUUGUGUGUAUGAGGUUGAAAAUCGAGUAAUUUUAUUGUUUUCCAUGAUAAACAUCAUUAAAAACGGUUUUGCUGUUUUUUUGUUUCCUGAAAAAAAAAUUGAAAUUUGAUAGACACCCUUUUAUCAAAAUACCGUCUAAUUAUAUUUAUUAUUAUUAAUUAUAUCUCAUCAUGCCUACUUCGAAAAAUAAUAUAAAUUGUAAUGAUUUGAAAAUGAGAUAUAAAUAUAACAUUAUAAAAUUUUACUAAAAUAUUAUUUAAAAAUUGAUUUUCUCCUAAUAUUUCCUUAAUAAUUAAAUGCAAUUAUAAUUUAUUCAUAAUUAUAUAUAAAAUAUAUUAAACAAAUUACAUAAAAAGAAUACUUGAAAAUGUGGGCUAGUUAUAAUCAUGAAUAGAUUUUUUUUUUUUAGAAACUUAUUCUGGGUGUUUUUAACAAUAUUUAAAUAUAAUAACAGUUAUUAUUUGUUUGUCAUGCUUUUCAUGUUUAAUAUUGAUUGCAUUUAAAUACAUUUCAGGACACAUUUCCACCAAUUCAGAAUACAAAUAAAUCAGAUACACCUAACAUAUCAACUCCUAUAUCAUUUGAAACACCGAAAAAAUGUUCGUCACAAGUCCCCCAUGCAUUACCCACGAACAAACAAGAAAUAUCUAAUCAAAUAAUGUCAAUGCUAGCCCCUUAUUCACAAUCUCCAUUAAUAUAUCCAUUGCCACUAGAAACAUGUAGUUAUGCUUACACAUUACAGCAAAAGUUACAAGCAACAAAACAAAAGUUAAAAGGAAGUAAUAAUAAACAAAAGACAGAAUUAAAACGGCCAACAAGUAAUAAAAUUGAUAAGGUGGACCCUAUUCGAUCUGUAACUUUCAAAACAAAAAAAUCUAUUUCAAAUAACAAAUUCACUAAUCUAGGUAACAACAAGGAAUUGAAAAUUAAAAGUCAAAAGUCUGCAGUGUCUACAAUUAAUGCAACUAAACAAGUAAAAAAUAAUCAAUUGGAACACAAUACAUUCUUACAAAAUUCAUUAAAUAAUUUAAAUGAAUUAAAAUUGAAUAAUAAUUUAAAUUCAGCCGUAGAAAAUAAGAAGUUACCUAAAAACUUAAGUAAUAAAUUCAAUGAAAUCUUUUCUACAGUACAAAAUUCUAAGCCUUUAAAAAAGUACUCUGAUAAAUCAAAAACGUCAGCAAUCAAAGUAUUGGGCAAUGGUAAUACUAAUAGCACAAAACCUAUUAUGAUGAAAAAGAUGAAUAUGGCACAUAAUACAAAAUCAGUGUACAUUGACCUAGAUUCUGCGGCUGAACAGGCACGUUUGAAAUCUAAAGUUUUCCAGAAUAAAAGUCCAGAAAACAAAGUUACUAUUCCCGUUUCAUUGAAUCCAGCAAUGUUGCUUUCCACUUGCCCUGGUUUGAGUAUAACACCAAUCCUAAGUUCAAAUGAUCAUAAUAUGCAACACAAGACAAUUGAGCCCUCAUUAUCUCACCAAAUUCAAAAUACUUCAACAUCAAAUAAUUUUAGUUUUGAACAACAAUUUCAACACCUUAGUAAUAGUUUAACUAUUACAAAAGCUGAAAAGAAUACCAAUAAUAAAAUAUAAUCUAUAACCUGUUUUAUAACAAGCUGUCUUGUUUCAUUUAUUUAUUUAUUUAUUUAUUUAUUUAUUUUUAUUAUUAUUAUUAUAAUCAAUUUGUAGUCACAUUAUUUUGCAUGUCUUAUUUUAAUUUAUAGUGUCUUUUCUAGUGUAAGUAAUAAUUUCGCUUUUGAUAAGCAUUUGUUAAUUUUCCUUACUAUACAAAACUAAUUAUAAGAUUAUUAUUUGAAACCAACUAAAUUAAUUGUAUUUUAUUUUUAUUUUUUUUAACGUAAUGCAAUUAUAAUUAUUUAAAUAGCAAUAUGAAAAUGUAUAUAUUUUUAAAAGAACUAAUUUAAUUGAAAACAAUUAGCAAUUCUUAAAUAUUGUGAUUCUUUGAGCACCUUCCAGUUAGACAUUUUAUUCUAGUUUUAUCUUAGUUUUAUCAUUUUUCUCCCAUAUUUUAUGUUAAAGAGUAUACAUUAAUUUACACUUUGGCCAUCUUCUGUUAAACAAGGAUUUUUGAGAGAUAAUAAAAUAAAACCAUUAUUUAUAUUUGUAAAGUAUAACAAUAUCAUAUUAUUAGUAUUAAUUUAUUGAGGUAGUACAAGUACUUCUAGUUGAUGGUAAGGAAUUCAUGACAUUAUAAACUAUACUGAUUGGACAUCUAUAUAAUUACAGAACUUCUAGUUUGUUUGCAUUAUAUAUUGCUAACAAAAAUGUUAACCAAAAAAUAUCUAAUUCGUGAAAUUUUUAACCAUUAACAUUCCUCUAGUGUCUAAUAAAAUUGAACUUUUACUAUUAAUGAUGUCUAUCAGUUUGUUCCAGUUACAUACACCAUAGAAUAUUUUAAACAAACAUUUUGCCACUAAAAAAUUAAAUGAACAGUUCAAACUAAAAUAAUAAUUUGUAUGAUUAAAUUUUAUGAAUAUUACUUGAAAUCUAGACCUCAGAUUUAAAUACAUUUGUAACUUUUAUUAUUUAAUGACUGCUCUACACAAGUGAUCAAAUACAUAUGCAAUGUUUCACCUCGUGGAGUAAGCGCCGUGUGACGACCUACCCAAGUAGGUAUUUUAACAAAAAUAUAAGUUUCAAGGUCGCCAACCUAUAGCCAAGUCCCCGGGGCCGGAGCAUAUAGGAUUUUGUGUAUUUCCCUAUUACAUGGUGUUCCAGGUCUCCUUUUAUAUGCUAUUUUUCUAGACUCGCGUAGUGGCGUGAUGUCGAAAGUGGCGCUGUUAUUGGCUGAUUGAGGAUGAGCUUUUUGAUCACGCCAAUGGAUGAUGUCUUACGUAAGCCGCGCGUGUACCUAUGGUCUGAAUCAACAUGAUAUAUUAUAAUAUUACUCGUAUUAUAAUGCUGAUUUAAAAUAUUUAGAAAAAUAGGUUAUAAUAUACACUGUACGUAACACAUUAUCAUAACAAUAAAAAAAACUAAGUUAUAUGAAGAAAAAUAAUAUGCAUAACAACUUCAACAGAGCGAGAAAGGGAGACACAAUAAAACAUUAUAUAUAAGAAUAGGUACAUGGGUAUACUUAUUUAACAACAACAUCGUAUCUUUAAUACAUUUUUCAACAACAUAAUACAUAAUAUAUCAAUUUAAUCAAACGGGAAAGAAACGUGGAUUAAUCGGAAAGUUUUGUGUCGACGGACGCGCUUACGAAUAUCUACCUAAAUGGCACUAUGGAUGAGGUUUUUUAACGUUUAUAGGUAUUCGACUCGGAGAGAAAUCGUUCUUUUUUAGCGGACACACGUGGAACUCGUGUUCAUCAAGAUAUAUUUAGUUUUUAAUCGGGAGACUUUCGCAGGAACAUAUGCUUGCCACACACAUGUAUUACGACUCAGGGUACGGGGGUUGUUCCAUGUUUAAGUCCGUGGCCCUACUGGUCACUUGCGGAGUUGUGAAUAAAGGGAUCAUGGAUCGUCGUACGCGUAAACAUUUAGAGAAAUACAUUUAUAUUAAUUGGCCUCGAGGACACCAUGACACGGCGAUACCCGAUUGAGCAAGAAAAAAUAAAUAAAUAUUGUGUACAACGUUGUCAGAUUUUCACUAGUACGUAUGUUGUGUAGAUUAUUAAUAGGUAACUAACAUAUUAGUCAAAAAUCAAUUUACAUAUUAGGCUAUCAAUCGAUGGGUACCCAGAAAGUUGAAAAUAACUGGAAUAGAUAGGAAACCAGAAUUUUAUCUAUAACGAUUGCACUAAAUUGUGAUUAGCUGUUAUUGUGUGUACCUACGCUGUAAAUAAGACUUGGUCACAGUCAGUCUGUUCUGUUGUCUAAUGCUCGUGUUCUUUCAAAAAUAGUAUGUAUUUUGCAAAUCUUAUAAUGGAAAAUAAUGAAAUACAAAUUAUUUUAUCCGAGAGAAAAUUGGCAAAUGUUUGAGCUUUCAAGCACAGGUUUAUUGGGUUGAGAAAAAUAGGCGAAUGGUUGAAAUGGCGAUGUAUAACAAGUGAUUAUAUAGUAACCUUUUUUAUUUAUUUUUUUUUUUUCAAAUAUAUUUGGUAUUUAGGAGAACAAAUUCUAAUUGUAAUAUAUACUAAACUAACUGACCCAGCAAACGCUAUCUUAAUAUGAAAUAAUAUGUCAUUAAAACCAAUAAAAGAUUUUUGUUUAUAAAUAUUUACGUUCAAAUAUAUUUUAUUUUUUUAAUAAUAAUAUUCUACGGUACAAAGUGGCAAGGUCGCACCAAUUUUCGUGCUCAAUCGUGUUGUUCUUUUAGGUUUUUAUUGUUUAAUUGCAACCAUGCUGAAUGGUUGUGAAAAAGAUCAAUCGUGCUCAAUCUGGUUCCAGCCACGUGAUAUAUACGAAUCGCAUACGUAGUAUGCAAAAUAAAAAAAAAAAGUUGCCGAAACAACAAAACGUUAGAGGAAACAUUUUACAGGGAAGUAUAUUAUUAUUAUUAAAUACUAUAUAAUAGAGUUUUUAACAUAACUAAUUGGCGGGGAAGGAAAAUAAAGAAACAAAUACACGGGGGGGAGGGGGGGAGAAAAUGGUGUUCUAUGUCAAAUACAUGACAACGUAGGUAUGAAAAUGCAACAACUUACAACUAAUAAUUUAUUUACUAACUAAAAAGGGAAACUAAUUAAUUAACGGGGACUUAACGGAGUUUGUCGACCAAUUAUUUAUAAAAAAGUAUACGUUACUCAGCGCGGAGCGUCGUCCGUGGCUAUCCGCCAUUACGGGACCGAUGUGAUUUCAACUGCUCAUGUUGGUGGCGUUGACGCGCACGUAAAAAACAAAAAAAAAGCUGACUCGUCCGGAUGACGGAGGAGACGAGAACGACCGAUCGACGACAGCUCGAGCUGGUGGCUCGCUGCGACGACGGUGAUCAUUUAUUGAGAUUUGAUUGGCCAACCAACCCCCCGGUCACCCGUUGCAAAGGUUUGCAGCACAUGGUGUGACACGUUUCGUGCGUAUACUGUUGCGUGAUUGCGGUGAGGAGUGGUGGGCCAACCGUUAGAUUUGGCGUGUACCGUUUGAAUCUUAAUAGUAGACAUCGUCUACUUUACGUGAGACGAUUUUCGAAACGUUACGCACAAUGUUCUUACUAUUAAAGUUUUUAUUCAGUAAAGUUUUUGCCAAUUGAUUUUUUUUUUUAAGAAAAAUUUAAUGCAGUAGGUAUUAUACAAAAAUAAAGUCAUUCUAUUAGGUUUUCAAAAAAAUAAGUCUCAGAUUUAACUUCUUGGCCUUAGUUGACAUGAGGUCAUUUUCAGUUCAAGAUAUAUAUCACCAUAUUGGAUAUUAGCUUUUAUUUCAUUGUUAUUAAAACAAUACAAUAUGAAUUAAUUAAUUAAUUAAUAUUUUUUAGGUCUUAAAUUAAUUUUUUUAGGAUUGUUACGUGCCCCCAUGCUUCCGUAGAUAAACACGGGUGAGUCCAUAAUAAUUGUCAAGACAACCUCGCGUACGGACCCGAAAGAUCCGAAUCAGGGACUGGAACCUUUACGAUUUCAAGAGUUCCGGUCUUGUGAUUUUUAAAAAGUUUCGGUCUUUUAAGGUUCCAAUCCCUGAUCCGAAUAGGAGUAUCCGAUAUAUGAUAUCAAAUUCAACAAACCAAAGGACCAUACUCGGUUCCUGGGGUUCAAUUUAAUUCGGAAGUUAAGUAUGAAAAACCAAAUUUUUUUAUUAUCACGUGCCCACACACAAAACAAUAAUAAUAAAGUAACGGACCGCUUAAUCUACCCUAUGAAAUAUGUACUCGGGGGCUCGAGUGUAAAAUAAUGAUUUAUAAAAUUAAUACAAUAUUUGUCGUUGAUUAUUCUAUUCGACAAUAAUGCUCAUUAGUCGGUGACCAGUACGUAGAUAAUUAAUUCCAGGAAAUAUGAUAAAACACCACUACGAACGGAAGAAUAUUAGAUCGUAAUGCAAUUAUGAACAACGGGUUGCGAGAGCACACAAUCAUGUAUAACGUCGCCCGAAUCAUUAUCAAACUACACAUGUUGUUAUAAGAAUAUUUUUGGACUUGUAAUAUUUGUGUCAACAAAAAUUAUUGGACUGGUGUUUUUUCGUUACGAAAUAUUAAUUAAUAUUCAGAGUCGAUUCUAAUUAAUGUAUGUACCUAUACUCUGUUCUCCUACAUUCAGCACAUUACAGGAUAUUAUUCAAAUCUGAGCACUAUGAAUAACUAUUAUUGUUGGCGCCGGAGAAUGACGCCGCCACCGACCGGUUCACACACGCACGCACACAUUUUGUCGUUAAAAAUUAAUAACUGUUUUUAUUUAGCUUAUUUGCAUGAUCUUAUGCAACGUCGCCUUAUCGCCGGCCGCCGUCUGACCGAGCGGUAGACGUACGGCCGUCCGCCUCUCUCGCUCUCCGUUAUCGUCCGCCGUGCUAACACAAUACCGUUGUGGGUACGUUUUCUGGUUUUACCAUAUUUCGUUACUUUUUGUUUAUAUAUUUUAAUUCGCCUUAUUCCUUAUUUCGCGUGGCGCGAAUCGCCACGGAAUAUUGAGCAGCGCGCGCUAAUCGCCGCUAAUAUUGGGUGUUUUGAUUUAUAUUCAGUUUUUUUUUUGUGGUCUAAGAGCCGAUAUUUGUAUUUAGGUUAUUGUUUUUUAUAUUUAGGUUUAGGUGGCGGAGCAGCUGGCCAGUUACUCUCCGCGUAACGGUGAGUUUUAUAAUUUGUUAUUAUUAUUAUUGGUGUUUACCCUAUUUUUUUUCCGUGUUGCUGUGAUUUUCCAUAUUAUUUAUUACUAUUGUUAUUAUUAUUAUUAUUUUUAUUGUUAUUAUUAUAUUCGUUAAAUUUAUUAUUACAUUAUUGGGCCAGAAGGGCCGCAUUAAUCAUAUUGAUAUUGUUUGAAGUACACAGCAACCAUAGUUACCCUAUUUAUUAUUAUUUAUUUGUCUUAGUUACCCCUUUUCAAUGUUGUUACCAUUUUUAAUAAUUUUAACUUCCCACACAAACACACACAAAACAUAAACACGUUCGCACAUCGUCACACACUAGCCUCGCAGGGUUUGCUCGGCGAACCUGUCCACUCCCUGUUGAGUGCUACACACACCUUCACAAAGCUGGUCGGUCGGUAUAUGGCUAUUUAGGUACCGGACACGCGACCUAUUAUUGUUCGCUCCCGGCUCCAACAUUUUGGUGACCAUACCUCGACGUGAUCUAUAUAUAUAUAUAUAUAUAUAUAUUAGCAACAGAUUAAAAUAGUCCGAGCCGGCUGGAGGUCAAGGUGAUAAUUAAGAUUGGUGUUGUGAAUCGUCGCAAUCGGUGAUAUUUAUACGUUUACUUGGUGGAUAAAUUCGUAGUUAGAGUAGCAUAAUGUCUCUAGACUCCGGUACACAGAAGGUGUUAUCAGAUCUCAAGCGCAAGCGCGGUGUGGUGAAGACCGCUCUCACACGUACGCGAACCUUCGUGGAUAAGUUCGAUCCAUCGGUGCAGGCGAUUUCGUUAUUAAAAUUCAGGCAGGAGGAGCUGCCUCGGAUCAAUAAAAAAUUCGAUGAUAUACAAGCGGAGAUAGAGUUGCUGUGCGUUGAUGAACUGGAAGAUGCGGAACGCGAAAGGGGUGACUUCGAAAGGAUGUAUUUUGCUGUACGGUCACAAAUACAGGAAAUCGUCAACGAUAGGAAGCGCUCGGAAUCAUCGGGUUUGGAUACUUCUCCGCUUUCAUCACGUGCACCUGCCCGCGCGCGACUGGCGCCGAUUUAUUUGCCUAAGUUUAACGGUAACAUGCAGGAUUGGGAAGCAUUUUUUGAUCGCUUUAAUGUCAUGGUUCAUCAUGAAGAUUACUACUCCACAGCUCAGAAGUUUUAUUAUCUCCGUUCUACGCUGGGUGGUCAGACGUUGGAUCUGGUUAAGUCCUUACCGAUGUCUGAUGCGAAUUAUGAAAUUGCUAUCAAGAAACUUCAAGCACGAUAUGACAACAGGGAUCUAGUGGUACAGUCGCACAUCCGAGAGAUCCUUAAUAGUCCAAAAAUCAUGUCACCAUCGGCUCAAGAGUUAUUAGAACUUCACUCUCAUGUAUCCUCGCAUGUCGCUGCGCUAGAAGUGCUAGGCUUACCUACAGAGCAUUGGGAUGCAUUGCUGUCUACAAUCAUAAUUGAGCGAUUAGAUAAAUCAACGAGUCAAGAGUGGCAGCUGCGUCGGACAGGUACUAAAUUAACUAAGUACAUACAGUUUAUGGAGUUUGUAUCAAGAUACAGUAUCGCAUUAGAAGGGGCUGAAGCACUCGCAUCUAGAGAAGAUCAAGUUAAAGAUGUCAACGUUGGAAAAGAGGCGAUUGGAAAGAAGUUCUCGCUCAGGGCUCCAUUGAGAGGGUGCCCUCGUAGUGGCUUCCGAGGUGAUUGA